ACCAGGAAUAAUGAAGUUCUUGAAGGACUAAGAAGGUGGAACAAGCACCGGUACGUGUGACGUGCGUUACAAGUUUAACUUUUACGCUUUAUUUAUUUAUUUAUUUAUUUUCUACAUUUGGUGGCGUAAAGCUGCGGCUUCGGAGACGCUGAAAACCCUCAAAACUUCAGAUGCAACAGCAGCUUAUUUCUUCUUCCGAUCAUCGCAUCAGCUAAGAGACAGAGCCGGUAACCUGACUGAUUCUUCCAAUCUUCUACCUGAACAUAACGGCUGCCAGGCUGCUUCUAAGGUUGUCUCCAUACACACAAAGGUCUUGUGUGCAGAAGAAUAUGCAUUAGAGGAAACAGCUGCAUCUUCAUAUUCAUUUUAAACACACAUAUUCUUCUUCCCACGACAUGGCCUCCUCCCCUGGGCUGAAUGUUGACCCGAUGCCCCUGCUUCAGCUUCAGGAGGCAGACUCCAGUAAGGUUUCAGAGAGGCCCACCUCUCCGGGACUUCUGCCCACCAUGUAUAGUCCUCCUUUAGGCAUGGACAGCCACACCGUCUGCAUUCCCUCUCCGUACACAGACAGUGGCCAUGACUACAACCAUGGACAUGGACCAGUGACUUUCUACAGUCCGUCUGUGCUGAGCUACACCAGACAGCCCAUCACUGACAGUCCGACAUCCCUGUGCCCCUCUCUCAGCCCGUCAGCCUAUUGGCCCUCCCACAGUCACCACAACAUACCCUCUCUGACUCUGCACUGCACCCAGCCUCUGGUCUACAAUGAACCCAGCCCACAUGCUCCCUGGCUGGAGCCCAAAGCCCACAGCAUCAACCCUAACAGCUCCGUCAUCACCUGCAACAAGCUGCUGGGGAAGAAUUCAGGCGAAAGAGUGAAAUCCUCGUGUUCAUCUGCUGUAGGAAAAGCUGACAUGCACUUCUGUGCCGUGUGUCACGACUACGCCUCUGGAUAUCACUACGGUGUGUGGUCAUGUGAGGGCUGCAAGGCUUUUUUCAAGAGGAGUAUCCAAGGACACAAUGACUACAUUUGCCCAGCUACAAAUCAAUGCACUAUUGACAAGAACCGGCGUAAAAGCUGCCAGGCCUGCCGUCUACGGAAAUGCUAUGAAGUGGGCAUGAUGAAGUGUGGUGUGAGGCGUGAUCGCUGUAGCUAUCGUGGAGCCCGGCGUCAUCGUGGAGGACUCCAGCCUCGAGAUGCAGCAGGCAGGGGUUUGGUAAGGGCAGGGAUGGGUUCUCGGGCCCAGCACCAUCUCCACUUGGGGGCACCUCUCUCCCCGCUCAUCCCUCUCUCGCAACCAAACUACGUCCACCACUCAUCCAUGAGCCCGGAGGAGUUCAUCUCCCGCAUCAUGGAGGCAGAGCCCCCAGAGAUCUACCUCAUGGAGGACCUGAAGAAGCCUUUCACUGAGGCCAGCAUGAUGAUGUCUCUAACCAACCUUGCGGACAAGGAACUGGUCCUCAUGAUCAGCUGGGCUAAAAAGAUUCCUGGCUUUGUAGAGUUGAGUCUAGCAGACCAAAUCCACUUGCUGAAGUGCUGCUGGCUGGAGAUCCUGAUGCUCGGCCUCAUGUGGAGGUCAGUGGAUCAUCCGGGUAAACUCAUCUUCUCUCCAGACUUCAAACUCAACAGGGAGGAAGGACAGUGUGUGGAGGGCAUUAUGGAGAUUUUCGACAUGCUGCUGGCUGCCACCUCUCGGUUUCGGGAGCUCAAGCUGCAGAGGGAGGAGUACGUCUGUCUGAAGGCCAUGAUCCUUCUCAACUCCAAUCUGUGCACGAGCACCCCUCAGACGGAUGAGGAGCUGGAGAGCAGGAACAAGCUGUUGCGUCUUCUGGACUCCGUGAUCGAUGCUCUGUACUGGGCCAUCUCCAAACUGGGUCUGUCGACACAGCAGCAGAAUCUGCGGCUCUGCCACCUCACCAUGCUUCUCUCCCACAUCCGUCAUGUCAGUAACAAAGGCAUGGACCAUCUGUCCAGCAUGAAGAGGAAGAACGUGGUGUUGGUGUACGAUCUCCUCCUGGAGAUGCUUGAUGCCAACACAUCCAGCAGCACCAGUCAAACGGGCUCAUCCUCGCCAAACUCUGACAUCUUCUCAGACCAGCAACAAUACCCCCCACCUCCGUCUCACCUGCAGCCUGGUUCAGACCACACCAUGAACACCAGCCCCACCGUGCUUCUACAGGGACCAGCUGAUGUUCAGAUCCUGGAUAGGCACCUGCAGGCUCAGCCGCUCCAGCCCACAUCUCCAUCACAGAAUUUAGUAGGAUCUCAACUCAACAGUGAUGAUUUCAUCCCACCGGAGCAGUGGUCGCUGGAUACAGGAGAUGGGAUUUUGUCAGCCGAGCCAGUAGGCUAUAUUAUUCCUGACCGAGUUGUCAUGGCAACCACAUUAGAGGGGUAACAGGACAAAAAGACUGACCCUAAAAGGGUUUAAAAUACCCCUACCUCCCCCCAAAACAAGGGAGAGAGAAAAAACCUUACACACAAUGCAUUGUUAGGUAAAGUUCUUUCUUUUUUAGAUGUUUUUAGUCUUUUUGGAAGAAAGGAAAAAAAUAAACUUUUUUGACCGACUGUAUAUUUUGUGAUCGUAAAUAUUUUUGGUGAAAGUGCACUACAGUAGAUGUUCAAUAAGAGCAUUGCUGAACCUCUGCCAGGCAGUUUUGGCUCAUUUUUUAAAAUAUACAUUAUUGGUAUUUCCUUUUUCAUGUUGAUGUAAUAAUCAGAGCAUGACAUCUACUCAUCUCUUCUGCCUUAUAUGUGUGCAUGUAGUCCACACAGUCAGGACCUACUGUAAGGAUUGUUACACCUACAAAAAGGGCACUGUUCUCUGUCACGCUGCGCUGUAAUUUCCUCUUUUACUACUAUUGUGUACUUUAGUGUUUUUAAUCUGUGCCUGUUCAUGCAGUAUUUUUCUACCUUUGUGCAAACUGUUAGUGGAGCUGAGCGGCAGCAGUAUGUGGCCUUUUACUAAAGUGACUGUUAAGAUUUUCUCUAUCUGGUAAAACUAAGGCUGAAUUUACACCACUGGAUGUAGAAAGUGUUCAUUUUACUCAAGCAAAACCAAACUCCCAAUAUCACGCUAGUUCUUAAAUCCACCUGAUAAUCUACGAAAAGGCUUUGAUUUAUUCACAGGUCUCAUAUGCUAAACAUUACAUACAAGUGCAUUUGGUUAGCAUAUCAUAUCUUUACAUACAGUAUAGCAGGCAAAAAAGUAGUUUAACAACAAUCAUCAUACAUUGGCUUUUCUAAACAUAUGCUAAUGUGCUAACUGUAUACAUGUUUACAUACAGAUAUUUGUAAAUUAUCAAGCAAAAGGGAAGCUAUUGAGUCAUUUUUUUUAGCCUUUUAAUUAUCUUUUUUAAAACUUGUUGAAGAUGCAGAUUGAUUCAAAUUUGAGUUUAAUAUUAUGAAUAGCAACAUGCUAAUUGGCCUUCUAUCAUAUUAGCUAUGCAACAAUGGAUAAACUAAAUUCAAACCUGCAAUUAAAAUUAAAGUAAAAAAGAAACUUUCUUUCUUGCAUGAUUGGUCUUAAAAUAAGUGGUUUUUACACAAGUAAAACUAGUGUAAAUUAUUUGGUUUGGUGUAUGUCAAUUAUUCACUUCAACUCCAACUUCAAAUGCUUUUCUUUUCAUUUUACUAAACAAAAUGAAGAGAACAGUUUUGGAUAAAACUGCUUAAAAUGUACCGAGUUUUCUUUUUGGACGUCCUUUCCCGAAAUGUUACCCUCAGGUGUAAAUCCAGCCCUAGCGUCAGAUUAUCUCACCACUGGUAAUGUGCUUACUAUCAUUUCUUUGGCUUGUACAUGCAUGAAAACACACACAACCAAAUCUGAUGCUGAAAAUGUUCUUGUUGGUGGCUUUGUGAACAACACACAUUCAUAUUGCAGUUGUUGCUGAAGUUUUUGCCUGUCUGUCCUGUCGGCUCUCGGACAGGGUCUUUGUAAAACCCAGUGAUACAGUAAACAUACAACAGCAAAUCAACACGGUUUAUUAUCAGUCAAAAUGAUAAUCUUUACAUCCCAUAAAUAAAGAUCACAAAAUACAGCAAACUU